AUUAUUAUUUUUGAUUGCGCCAUUAAUUGGCGGUGGUUUGAUUUUUCCUAAUUUUUUAAUUCUUCCCUCUCCCAUUCUCUAGUUAAAUCCGCCGAAAGGACAAAGAAGAAUUCUUCAAACGAAUCCAUUCAAGCUGAUACAUGCAGCUUGAAUAAUCACAAAUUUUUUUAUCCUUUCGUGGCGGCGCGCGUGCUCCUUUGCAAUUCAGGUUACAGAAUGGAUAGGAAUGAAGGGAAUUCCGAUGUGGUGAAAUCUACGGGUGGAUCGAACGAGAACGAGACGUUGUUGUGUGAUUCGCCGGGUGAUGGGAAAGGGAAGAGAUUGUGGAAGAAAGUGAAGUACCAGCUUGUGGAGUACCACUCAUUGCCUGCAUAUUUGAAGGACAAUGAGUAUAUUCUUGGUCAUUACAGAGCCGAAUGGCCUCUGAAGCAGGUCUUGCUCAGCGUUUUCACCAUUCACAACGAGACCCUCAAUGUUUGGACGCACUUGAUCGGGUUCUUCCUUUUCCUAUCUCUUACCAUUUACACUGCCACAAAGGUUCCGUAUGUACAAAAUUCAGUUAUGAAAACAGCCGAUUACCAGAAACUGCACGCCGAACUUAUGACUUGUCUCCCAUCAUUACCACACAUGCCUGAUAUGCAGAGACUUCGAGAGGAGUUAAAAACUUCAAUCGAUUUGCUACCGUCAUUGUCGAAUUGGCAUAUUAUGGAACUCCUCUCAAAUUGUAUACCAGAGUCUCUUUCCCACAGCAACCACACAGAUAUUUGUGUUCUGCGUAGUAUGAAAGAGGAUGUGGCGAACAUAAUAGCCCCACUACUGGUUCGGCCAAUCACACGUUGGCCAUUCUUUGCAUUCUUAUGUGGGGCCAUGUUCUGCCUAUUAUCGAGCAGCACAUGCCACCUCCUCUCUUGCCACUCCGAACGCCUCUCCUACAUCAUGCUCCGCCUCGAUUACGCCGGCAUCGCCGCCCUAAUCUCCACCUCAUUCUACCCACCAGUCUACUACUCCUUCAUGUGCUACCCUUUCUUCUGCAACCUCUACAUGGGCUUCAUCACCCUAUUAGGAAUCGGCACAAUCUUGGCCUCACUCCUCCCCGUUUUCCAAACGCCCCAGUAUCGUAAUUUUCGGGCCGGGCUCUUUUUUGGGAUGGGAUUCUCCGGUGCGGCGCCUAUCUUGCAUAAGCUUAUCCUGUUCUGGCACCAGCCGGAGGCGCUGCAUACUACCGGGUACGAAGUUUUAAUGGGGGUUUUUUACGGUGUGGGUGCGCUGGUGUAUGCUAUGCGGAUCCCGGAGAAGUGGAGUCCCGGGAAGUUCGAUAUUGCGGGCCAUAGUCAUCAGCUUUUUCAUGUGCUUGUUGUGGCCGGAGCUUAUACGCAUUAUCAGGCCGGGCUGGUUUAUCUCCGGUGGAGAGAUGUGCAGGGGUGUUGAGAGGUUUUUAUUUUUCGGAGUUUGGUGUCUUGUAAUAAUUGCCAGGAUUUGGUUUGUUUUUGGAGGGGAAUAUUGAUGGCAUCUUUUGUUAAUGUCUUGUGUAGCUACUUAUGUGAGAGAGAGCAUUUGAAGUAUGCCUCUCCUGUGGUAUUAAGUGCUUUUACAUUUUCUGGAUGAAAUAAAAGCAACUGUUAAACUGU